CAAAAACAACAACAACUACUACUACAAUAUACAUGCAGUAGAAACAAUUAACCAAAGAUUUGUCCAACCAAAGGUAUGAAGAUAAUUUGCUGCAAGGCUUAAAUGUAAAAGUGACACCAAAGUGCCAACAACGUUUAUUCUACACCAGACAAAUAGUUUGUCUAUGUGACAAUAGUUGUUGUGAAAUAAGAAAACACUUUAUUAUUAACUCUAGUGCUGUAGAGCAACAGGAUAACAGCGGCCAUAACAAGAAUGCUGCAAAAAUAUCAUCCAAAUCCAUUGUCACAUUUUCUGGCGCUUCACAAUUCUCAAGCAACACACCAUAAUGUUGUCGAUGCUCACACCUUGGCAUCAACCAUUGCCAAUGGUCAUGUACAAUUUCAACAACAUCAUCAGCACCAGCAGCAACAUUCCAAUCCCGCCUUGUUAGCGAAUCAUCACGCACAGAAUACAACACACAAUCAUACUGCCAUAGAAUUGGCAGCUCAACAUUUGAACUCUCAUAAUUCACCAGCUCAUCUACAAAGAGACAACCACCAUUCCCACCAUCAACAUCAACCUCAUCAUAAUAAUCAGCUACUUCAUCAUCAUAACCAACGUAAUUCACAAAACCACCAGCAUCAACAUCAUCAUCAUCAUGCACAGCAAUUAAUUGAAGCUGCAGCAGCCGCUACAGCAAAUACAACCCUUGAUGCUGGCAAAUCUUUUACAAUAGCCGCCAUUUUAGGUUUACAAAAGAGUGCCAUGGAGAAUACGAGAAAAGAAUACACCAACAAUGUUAUUAACCUAUCAUUAAAUUGUGCUAGCAACCACCAUCAUCACCCCGACAACAACAACAGUUCACAACCACCCACCAACAGCACACCACUAUCCGAUAUUGAGGAUGAGCAUGAACCUCAUGAACAACCCCAUCAGACACAACGCGAUUCUCUUAACACUAAUAACAAUAACAGCAGCAACAACAACAACAAUAGAGAUGUUAGUAACUUGAAUGUGAACAAGUCGAAUAUUUGCAAUAGUUUCAUUACUACCACCAGCAAUAACAACAAUAACAACCACAACAACACCAUUACCACCGUCAACAAUUCUGUAAAUACUUUCAAUUGUGAUAAUACAAAUGCAACAACAGCAGCAACUGCAGCUAGCGUUUUAAUGAAUCAUUAUUUACCGUCGGCCAUGGUAAAUGUUUCUAACGGCUCAAAUGUGGUAACCUCUGCUCCUCCCUCAUUAGUUUCUUUUGCCUCUAGUCCGGUUAUGACCCAUCAACAACAUGCUCGUGCUAAUAGUUUUGUUGCUGCAGCAGCUGCUGCAGCCGCCGCCGCUGCUGCUGCUAAUGGUGCUCCUUCAGCAUUACAAAGUCUGCAACAAUUGCAUCAGCAACAUGCCCAUCAGACGAGUUUGAGUUUUCAAAGGGAUAAACUAAAAGAUCACAAUGGUAAAAAAUCCUCUCUUAAAAAUAAACGUGUACGUACCAUUUUUACACCCGAACAACUGGAAAGACUUGAAGCUGAAUUUGAACGUCAACAAUAUAUGGUGGGACCAGAGCGUCUCUAUCUGGCACACACUCUCCAGCUAACAGAGGCUCAAGUUAAAGUCUGGUUUCAAAAUCGACGAAUCAAGUGGCGUAAACAUCAUUUGGAAAUAACACAACAACGUUUGGCUCUACUAAGACAAACACAAAUUACCACCAAUCCUAAUGGUAAUACCGAAACAGAUACCAUUAACAUCGAUACCAACGAUGAUGAAUGCGACGAUAUAAAGCGAGAGGAAUUACAAGAACUAAACGAAAGUCGACAAGAUACCGAAUCAGAAUUAUCAAUUUGUAAUGAUUCAAUGGAUGCCGAAAGCAUUUUAGAAGGAGAUGAUGAGACAUAAGAAUAUGUUUUAUUGUUUGUGCUCUUCUAGUAGUUUGCUAAAUUGUGUAAAUAAAUAUUUAGUAUUGUUUAAAUUAUGAAAUCUUAAGAUAAUAAAUGUAAAUAUAAAAGUAAGGAAAAAAAUCUGAAAUAAAAUU